AUGCAGAAAUCACUGGACAGAUUUGUGGGCUUCCGGUUUGUCCACACACUAGCCUAUGGAAAUGAAGUUUGCUAUGAAAGGCUGGGAUGCUUUAAAAAUGAUUUUCCAUGGAUGAAGAUUUUUCCAGGAUACAUCAAAAGCAUGCCCGCUUCUCCGGAGGAGAUAAACACUCGUUUUCUGCUCUACACCAUACACAAUCGCAAUACCUACCAGGAGAUCAGUGCAGUUAAUUAUUCAACUAUCCGAGCCUCCUAUUUUGGAACAAACAAGAGGACUCAUAUCAACAUUCCUGGGUUCAACUCACACGGUGAAUGGCAGAGAAACAUGUGCAAUACGUUGCUGCAAGUGGAAGAUGUGAACUGCAUUAAUUUAGACUGGUUUAACGGCUCCCUCAACUACUUCAGCGCUGUCAACAACUUCCGAGUGGUCGCCGCGGAGGUGGCUUACUUUAUUAAUACUCUGAAAACGGAAUUUGGCUAUCCCCCUUCUAAAGUGCACUUGAUUGGCCACAGCCUGGGAGCACACCUGGCAGGUGAAGCGGGGUCAAGGACGCCAGGCCUCGGAAGGAUAACCGGGUUGGAUCCUGCUGGGCCGUAUUUCCACAGCACUCCGAAGGAAGUCAGGCUGGAUCCCUCAGAUGCCGAGUUUGUCGACGUGAUUCACACAAAUGCAGCUCACUUAGUUUUUGGGUUUGGAUUGGGGACUGUUGCUACCUCUGGUCACCUGGACUUUUACCCAAAUGGAGGAAAGUACAUGCCUGGAUGCAAUGACUUUCUUACACCUUUAUUUACAUUGAAAUGGGACAGUUACAGCAAAGAAGCCGCUUCCAUUGACUGUAACCAUGCCCGGAGUCACCGCUUUUAUGCAGAGAGCAUUCUCAACCCUGAUGCAUUUAUUGCUUAUCCUUGCAGAUCCUACAAAUUUUUUAAAGCGGGGAAGUGUUUCCAUUGUCCAAAAGAAGGUUGCCCAACAAUGGGUCACUUUGCUGAUAGAUUUUACCUCAAAAACAUGAAGCAUGAUAGGACAUAUUUUUUAAACACAGGGACUGUUGCCCCAUUUGCUCGUUGGAGGCACAAGUUGUCUGUCAAACUCAGUGGAAACAAUUCCACUUGGGGGAGCAUAUUCCUCCGAGUAAGUGGAACGAUUGGGAAAACAGAGGAAUUGAAUAUAGCCAGAGGUGAUCUUAAGCCAGGCAUGACUUACACAAAAUUCAUUGAUGCAGAUAUUAAUGUUGGGAACAUUACAAGUAUUGAAUUCAUUUGGAAGGAGUAUUUGUUUGGAUAUUCUCAGAAUAAGUUGGGAGCAGAAAUGGUGACAGAUAUAUCUGGAAAAUAUGGAUAUAAGUCUACAUUCUGUGGUGAGGACAUAGUAGAAGCUAAGAUUGUCCAGAUUCUGAAACCAUGUUAUUCCUAA